CAACACGUCAACACACACACGUAUACAGAGUACGUACAGACUCGAGAGAGAAAUCCAUCUAAUCAGCAAUGGCGGGUGAGAAGAAUGACGGCCUGGUGCUGCUGGACUUCUGGGUGAGCCCGUUCGGGAUGCGCUGCCGCAUCGCGCUUGCCGAGAAAGGCCUCCCGUACAAGCACGUGGAAGAAGACCUCUUCGGCGGGAAGAGCGACCUUCUCCUGCGCUCCAACCCCGUCCACAAGAAGAUCCCCGUCCUCCUCCCACUACAUCACGGUAUAAAAUUUGGGGCAUUUCAAAGUGCCCCAAAUUUGAACCAAAGUGCCACUAAUUAGCUAUAGGGGCACUUU